AUGACCGUCCGAGAGGGGCCGAACGCUCACAAUAUGGAUUUGCCGGAUAAGAAGCAAGGCCGCGACAUCGCCGCCGGAAUUCUCCACAGCGCCGCCACAUCCAUCUCUUCCAUAAUUCCCCUCUUCCCUCCCAAAACGACACCGUCUCGUGUAUGCCUCCCGCUUAGAUUCUCGGUAUCCGACGAUCUCUCUCCUUUGGAAUCCACGGUCAAGAGCGCAUCAUCCACAUCCACCUCCUCUUCCGGCCUUAAUUCAACGGUUAGGAUAUCAUCUCUCAGCUCCGAUGGGAAACGCGGUGGACCCGCUUUCGUCGGUCAGGUCUUCAGCAUGUGUGACCUUACUGGGACUGGCCUAAUGGCAGUUUCUACGCACUUCGACAUUCCUUUCAUCUCCAAGAGAACACCUGAGUGGCUAAAGAAGAUGUUUUCAACCAUCACUAAGAGCGAGAGGAAUGGACCUGUGUUCCGUUUUUUCAUGGAUCUUGGUGAUGCAGUUUCAUAUGUUAAAAAACUAAAUAUUCCAAGCGGAGUGGUUGGGGCUUGUCGACUUGAUUUGGCAUAUGAGCAUUUCAAGGAGAAGCCUCACUUAUUUCAGUUUGUUCCAAAUGAGAGACAGGUGAAGGCUGCCAACAAACUUCUCAAGUCAAUGCCACCAAAUGGGAAUAAACAAAAGGUGGAGGGCGUUCCUGUUUUCGGUGCUCAAAACUUGGACAUCGCUGUUGCAACUGCCGAUGGGUUAUCUACCUUUACCAGGUAUACCCCAUAUUUCUUUGAUAAAGCUGUACUAGAUAACAUUCUCGAAGAGUCAGUGGAUCAACAUUUCCAUACUUUAAUCCAAACCCGGCACGUCCAACGACGACGAGAUGUUGUUGACGAUAGCUUAGCUUCAGAGGUUAUGGAAGAGAUGGGAGACAGCAUGCUAGAGCCGCCUGAGGUUCAAGAAGCCAUGGAUGAGAUUGGCAGUUCCGGAAUUCCUCUGAGUGUUGUGGCAAAGGCUGCAGAGAUUCAGCUCCUAUAUGCCGUAGACAGAGUACUUCUAGGCAGCAGAUGGUUUCGAAAAGCCACGGGGAUCCAGCCAAAGUUACCUUACUUGGUCGAUUCUUUUGAAAGAAGGAGUGCGUUUUCCAUCCAAAGAGCGUCAGGGUCCACAGCUAGAUGUAUUGGUGAUUCAGCAGAAGCGGAUACUUCUGUAUCACUGCAUAAAGUAGAAGACGAUGAUAAUCCAAGCGAAAACGACAAAAGACAGCAUAAUCUCUGGUUUCCUUUUGGAGAUUGGCUUAACCACCCUGGGACGAAAAAAGAACACGCUCAAAAGCAUUCAUCAGAUCAAAGGGAUAUGGAAUCUAGAGAGAGAGAAAUGCAGCAGAGUCCUUUCUUACCAAAGAUAACAAUGGUAGGGAUUUCAACGGGAGAGGCUGCACAGAUGAGUAAAGCCAAUCUGAAGAAAACAAUGGAAGAUUUAACAGAAGGCUUGGAGCAGUCUGAUGAAGGGAGUGAUCAUGGCUCGAAGCGUUAUGACCCUCUAAAGGUCGAAGAGAGAGAUCCUCUGUUUGUUGCAAACGUUGGAGAUUACUAUUCGGGUUUGGCUAAAGCUGGCUCUGCUCGGUGGUCACGUCGACUUGAUGACAGUAACGAAACACAUCGUCCUAGAAAGUCCACUAGUGGCCCGUUAGUGUUAAUUAAACAAAUAUAUCGAGAGUCGAGGAAGCGGAGGAGAGAAAAUCUAAUAGUCUGGAAAGAAAAUUCAAAUACUCGUCGACCUCACCAAAGAUCUUUGUAUUUGAGAGCAAAUCCUAAAAUCGGCGGAAAUAUGAAGACGACGAAAGGAGGGAAAGUGAUGAACCCUACUGAUGCUUACCGCAAGCAGAUCCGCAAGAGGGAAAUUAAACGUAACAAGAAAGAGAGGCAGAAGGUGAGAGAGGUGGGAAUUCUGAAGAAGGAUCCCGAGCAAAUCAAGGAACAGAUCAGGAAACUCGAUAUGUCAAAGGCUGAAGGUGCUUUGGACAAAGCAAGAAAACAUAAAAAGAGACAGCUUGAAGAUACUCUGAAAAUGGUGGUGAAGAAGAGAAAGGAAUAUGAUGAGAAAAAGAAGGAGGAAGGAGAGGCCACAACCUCUGUUAUGUUCAGUCAUCUACCCCCUCAGCGAAGAACAACAUGUGAAGAGGACUUAAAACCAGAGGACUCUGUUUAUUAUCACCCUACAUUGAACCCGACUGGUGCACCACCCCCCGGAAAGCCACCAAUGUAUAAUACAUCCAUAGGACCUAGAAUCUCCUCAGAUGGUGCUUCGUCUAGCGGUGCUGCAUUGUCUUCUAAUACCGAGUCAGAAGAAUCCGCCAACGUUAUUGUAACUUCCGUCCCUCCGCCUCCACCACCUGGCCUUCCCUCGAAGCCUCUAAGCAACAACGAAUUUGAGAGGGGUCCAUCAGAAUCUAACGGCAGUAGUUUUCAAAACGCUGACCUCUCUAAGAUGGUUGCACCACCACCUCCACCACCUUUACAUCAGCAACAUCAAUCGACAUUUGCAGGAGCUGCAGCUGCUUCACUGACUAAUUUUCAACCUGAUGUUCUUCUUCCUCCAGGAAUGUUGCGUUUUCCACCUCCACCGCCUCCACAUGAUAUGCAUCCUCCUCUUCCCGGAAUGUUCGGUAGUCAUCUAAUCCCUAGGCCGCCGUAUGGCCCACCACCUGGACCACCACCUAUGAUGAGACCACCACUUCCACCGGGACCACCACCACCGUCUAGUUUUCAAGAUGGUCAAGCAAUGCUCAGACCAUACGUACCAAACAAACCAUCUUAUGUAAAAUCCGCUGCUCCUACUGUUGUCAGGAGACCACUCGCUCAACACACACCUGAGCUUACAUCCAUGAUCCCUGCCUCGGUUCGAGUCAGAAGAGAGUCAGCAGCUGUGACCAAACCAAAGCCAAAGACUUCGAUAGCCACGAGCUUGAGUUUUACACCAAGAGCUAUGGCUUCUGCUGCAACGGUGAAGGUAGAGCCAGCCAAGACAUCUGCAGCUUCAAAGCCACAGAGCAUUGAUGAUUCUUACACAGCUUUCUUGGAGGACAUGAAAGCUCUUGGGGCACUUGAUGGGUAGAUUUUUCGCGUUGUGGUCUUAAAGACUGAAGUUAUUGUCUGUAUCGUUGAAUCAAAUCUGUUCUUUGGAACAUACACGCUGACACUUUUGUCUCAGUUACCAAUUCGAGAAAAACUAACUCAUCUUUUUCAGUUUGGACUUUGGAGG